CCCACCUGUGCCCAGCAGUGCCGCCCACUAGCUCCGCCCACCUGUGCCCAGCAGCUGUGCCCAGCAGUGCCACCCACCUGUGCCCACCCACCUGUGCCCACCAGUGUCACCCACCUGUGCCCACCCACCAGUGCUGCCCACCAGUGCCACCCACCAGUGCAGCCCAGCAGUGCUGCCAGUCAGUGCCACCAUCAGUGCCCAGCAGUGAUGCCAGUCAGUGCCACCUAUCAGUACCCAUCAUCAGUGUCACCUAUCAGUGCCCUAUCAGUGCUGCAUAUUAGUGCCGCCUAUCCGUGACACCUCAUUAGUGCUGUCUAUCAGUGCCGCCUAUCCGUGCCACCUCAUU